AUGGCAGCAAAGAUUGGUCCAAUAAUAAAGUACUUUUAUUUAAAGAAUGGGGACUUAAAGUUUAUUUUGAUUAAUUUCCAACUUAGUUUUAGGUAUAAAAGGAUUCUGCAGUUCCAUAUCAUAAUAUAUGCUGUAGACUUGAUUAACAGAAACCCCUCUUUGCUCCCAAACAAAACAUUGGGCUUCCAAGUCUAUGACUCAUGUGUGGGAGCACAAGAAGAACUUGAUGGGAGCCUCAAGAUGAUAACAGGCCAAGGGCAAUCAAUCCCCAAUUUCAAUUGCAAGAAAAUUUCUCCUGUUUCUGCAGUCAUUGGACAUUCAACGUCUACCUUCUCUAUACUCAAUGCUCAUGUAUUGGGAUUAUACAGAUACCCUCAGAUUAGUCACUAUUCAACCAGCUCUAUCUUGAGUGACAAAACACAGUUCCCCUCAUUCUUCAGAACUGUCCCAAGUGAUUUGUUCCAAUCCAAGGGGCUGGCACAGCUAGUGUUACACUUUGGCUGGACUUGGAUUGGGCUAUUGGCUAUAGAUGAUGACUAUGGACAUCAGGGCAUUCAUGUCGUUAUGCAGGAGCUUCUCAGGUAUGGAGCUUGUGUGGCAUUUUCAGAAUAUAUAACUGCUAACAAUCUGGAACACAUUUACCAUGUGACAAAAAUAAUUAAAGAAUCCAAUGCCAAGGUUGUAAUUUCUUUUACCCAAGAUACUGAUAAAGCUUUACUACUGGAUGAGAUGCUGAGGCAAAAUGUAACGGGUAAAGUUUUUGUGGCCAGUGAAGCUUGGUCAAUCUCAAACUUGUUAGUAGUAGAUAAAUAUUCUUCACUACUUUUUGGCUCUAUUGGCCUCUCACUUCAUAGCACAACAAUUCCUGGAUUUGGAGAGUUCUUGAACACUAUUCGUCACAACAACACCAGGAAAGAUCCAUGGGCUAAAAUAUUUUGGGAAAUGGCUUUUGAUUGUAAAUUUUUAGACCUGACAAACCACCAGACAAACCUUACAGAUUCAUGGGAUAAUUCCACAUUUUGUACUGGAAAUGAGAGCAUGGAGAGUAUUUUGGACAGCUACUAUGAUUUAUCAAGCUCAAGUACUGCCUAUAACCUUUACAAUGCAAUCAAUGUCAUUGCCAAAUCUUUACAUGAUUUGCAAACCUGUCAAAAGGGUAAAGGACCAUUUACAAAUGGAACUUGUGCUGAUCUCCAGAACUUUAAGCCAUGGCAGCUGUCCUACUACAUCCAAAAUUCACGAGUGAAGCUAAACAAUGGAAGAGAACUCUUCUUUGAUCAAAAUGGUGAUCCACCAGCGAUAUACGAUAUUGUAAACUGGCAAGUGAGCGCAGAUGGCACAAUGAAGCAUGUGAAAGUGGGCAGCUACGAUACGACAAAAGUAGAUGGAUAUCCCUUUCUUAUCAAUGCAAGUGCUGUGAUGUGGGCAACUGACCAAGGCCAGGUUCCUACUUCUGUUUGUACUCAGAGUUGCCCAUCGGGUUUUAGGAAGGUUCUGAGGAAAGACUUGCCUGUCUGUUGCUUUCAAUGUGUUCCUUGUCCCCAGGGUGACAUUUCCAACAAGACAGACUCUCUUGACUGCUUCAAGUGUCCAUGGGAUGAGUGGCCCAAUGCCCAGAAAGACAGAUGUAUCCCAAAGAACAGAGAGUUUCUUUCAUUUGAAGAGCCUUUGGGUGCCACUUUAGCUGCUACGAGUGCUUUGUCAUCCUUGAUGCCAGUUUUCAUCUUUGUACUUUUCAUAUGUUAUAAGAACACCCCAAUUGUCAGAGCAAACAACUUUUCUCUAAGUUGUCUUCUCCUAAUGUCAAUGUCCCUCUGUUUCCUCAGCUCCUUAGCUUUUAUAGGUUACCCUCUGCCUGAGAAAUGUAUUUUACGACAAGUUGCAUUUGGCACAGUUUUUACACUUUGUGUCUCUUGUAUUUUAGCAAAGACCUUCAUGGUGGUUUUUGCUUUCAUGGCCACAAAACCUGGAAGCAGUUUAAAGAAAUUGGUCAGACCUCGGGUUUCUUACAUGAUUAUUGCCUUAUCCACCUCUUUACAAUUAGUGUUGUGCAUAACGUGGGUCUUAUUUGCUCCUCCAUUUCCAACAGACAAUAUCCAAGCCCAACCAGGAAUUAUCAUUGCUGAAUGUAAUGAGGGUUCACCUACAGCCUUCUGGUGCAUGUUAGGAUAUCUUGGACUUCUGGCCACCAUUAGUUUCACUGUUGCAUUCUUGGCUAGAAGACUUCCUGACAGUUUCAAUGAAGCCAAGUUCAUCACCUUUAGCAUGCUGGCAUUCAUAAGUGUCUGGGUGUCCUAUAUCCCAGCAUCCCUCAGUUCUAAAGGAAAGUACACAGUAGCCAUGGAGGUCUUUGCCAUCCUAUCUUCAAGCUGGGCCCUGGUUAUAUGUAUGUUUGUCCCAAAAUGUUUUAUUAUAUUGUUGAGACCUGACAUGAACUCAAAGGAACAUCUUAUGGGACAAUGUAAAAGUUACAAUUAA